CGCUCCGGCUUUGCUCCGUUUUGUCCUCGUGCUCGCCAGCGGAGCACCUGCCGCGAGCUCGACUGGCGCGGGGCGCCCCUCGCACGCAGCGGCUCCCUGAGAUUUCAAGCGCGCGCGAUCACACGCCGUUUUGAGGCGGUUACGGCAGCACUGCGCCCGAGGAUGGCGUCGUCGUCCUAUUUCGACGAGCAGGAGCCGAGUGAACCCUUCCACUGCACGAUCUGCAUGACCGAGCUCCCGCGCUGGCCCGCCGACGCGUGCAUUUUGCAGCCCUGCGGCCACCACUUCCAUUUAGAAUGUGCGACGCGCUGGAUGGACCGCGAGUCGUCGUGCCCGAACUGUAAACGGGAAGUGACGACCAUCGCGAAGAGUGGAAGGUCUAAGAGGAGGCGGUCGGAGAUUGCCGUCGAGCCGAAGAGGCAGUCCGUCGCCGAGCAGGACCUGGAGCUGCCCGACGCGGAGACGCAGCUCGAUUCGAUGCCGUCGGAAGGGUACCAGCGGGACGGUUUUGUGGUCGGCGACGAUGAUAUUGAGUUCUACUCGUCGGAGGAGGAGCGGGCGCGCGUGGUACGACCUAGAAGAGGCCGCGCGGCGGCGGCGCGGGCCAACGCGUUAAUAGAGGAGGAGCAGAUGAGAGCCGAGGCGUUGCUGCGGCGGUCGGGCCGGCUCGGGCGGCUCCGGCGCCACGCGCAGGCUGAUUCGCAGCCGCCCAGCGACUCCAGUAGUGAUGAUGAGGCGGAGAUCGCGGUGCCGCUGCCUCCCUUAUCACGCGGGCGGCUGCGGCGGAACAUUCAGCCCGAGUCGCAGUCGCAGGAGCCGGCGGCGCCCGAAUCGUCGCCGGACGACGACGACUGGGACGAGUCGCAGGGCGAGGCUGAGGCGCCGCCGCAGUCGCAGUCGCAGGAGGAGUCGUGGGACGAGGAGGAGGACGAGGCCGCGGCGUCGCCGGCGCCGCGGUCGCCGUCGCCCGAGCCGUCGCCCGAGCCGUCGCCGUCACCGCCGCCGCGACGACGCCGCCGCGCCAACAACAACGCGCCAGCGCCGUCGCCGCCGACGCAACCCGCGCCUGUCGACGAGGAGUCGCCGACGCCGUGGAUGCGUGUGCGCCGGCCGCCGCGACCACGACGCGCCGUCACGCAGUCGCAGACCCCGGCCUCACCUGCGUCGCCGAAGCCACGGUUCGGGCAGUACGUCUAUGUGCCGAGUCCGGAGGUUUAGUAGUAAUACCGUCAUGUAGUGCCGAAGCCUCGGUUCGGGCAGUACGUCUAUGUGCCGCGUCCGGAGAGGUUUGCUAGUGUCUUACAACGCUAGUUAUCUGGCUUAGUCGGCCCAACCUGAAAUCGCACGCUCCGAGUCGCACAGCUACUUCAGAACUCGCCACGACCGCCCAGUGUACCCUCAGACCGCACUGACCGGAAGUCGUAAUGGCGCGACGCGAAUAUUCCGCCGGUUUAACGCUCUCUGCAGCGCCGGGCCGAAAGAUGGCACUCGCGGCGACAGCGCGUCCCCGCGAGAGCUGGCCGCCAGCGCGGUCGUCGGCGCGGCCUCGGGGCGGCGCUCGCGCUAACUAUCGCGCGUGAAAGGCGCAUCGCGGGGAUUCGCUCGAGUCGACGUUCGCCGCACAGGCACUCACCACACUUGAGCUCACCGUAGAGCUCCUCAUUCCCACGCUCACCACCACCAUCACCACCACCACAACAACAAUGUCUCCUUCCAAGCUCCUCAUUGCCCUCCUCGCCACUACGACAACGGCCUACCAAGCGGGACCUGGCGCCGUCUUAAAUUACUUUCCUGUCCGCCGCUCCGCGGAGCCCCUGCCGCCCGGCGUCGUCGCACCGCCCAAGGCCCUCCGCGGCCAAGCUCCGCGCAAGCUCAUGCAGGCGACGUCCAGCCCGGGACUCCUCGGCGAGCACGACAUGGAGUGCACCGACGCGGGAACGUACGCGUCGAUUGUGUGUCAUUACUGCAUCGACGUGCCCAAAUUAGUCUGCGAGUCGAUCUGCGCGUCGGGCCUCGACCAGACACCUUCCAACUGCAACUGGUCGCCCUGGUGGGCCUGGCACGGCAUCUCGGGGGGCGGCGAGGGCUGGUGCUGCGGCGGCUACUGA